UCGAGUGCGAUGUCACGUGGUCAGUACGCUCCACGCUCCUAACCUGAAAAUGACUUCGUGGAGUAGAAUACAGUCGGGCUUCGAUGUCAAUGAUGAGACUAUUAAUUUUGGGACACGGAUAAUCGCGGAAAACAACGGUUCGCUGUACGAGGCAUGCACCGUGGCGACGAUUCAAUCGUUUGAAAAGGUGGAGCAACAACCGAAUGUUAUAGCAUCUAUUCAACAUUCCAAGAUUUGUGUAGCAAUUGACAAGUCUAUUACAAUCUUUAAAGAUGAAACGUGCGAUGAAAUAUUAUGUAAUAUUAGCUUUCCCUCCAUGAUAGCCAGUUACUCCGUUUCCAAGGACGGUUUCUUUUUAUUUGUGGUGCUCGCAACCAGGAUUUUAUACUGUUUACAUUUAUCGGAUGGAAAAAUAAUUUUUACCAAAACUAUACCUGAUAACGAGGGUAAUGUGAUAGAAAUAUUUUUGAAGGAGCAAAGUGAAGAAACAUUCAUAAUUCUUGUCACAAAUACUGGAGCUAUUUACAGAUUCUGCAAAUUUUAUCCUAAAGCUUUAGAAAUUGCAUUUACUAGUGAUGAUAAAGUUAUGGUUGCAGAAUAUACUGCAGAUAUUCAAUGUUCUCAGCUGUUUAAAGGAUUUGCUCCUUUGAAGAGUGUGUUACAGUUUCUUAAUGCUACAGUAGAAGCGCCAUCAGAAGAACUAUCGAUAGCUAUAGUUGGAACAAAUUCGAUAUUUACUUGGCCUAAUGAACAAUACAUUAAUUUUCAAAGUGUAUUUUCUUUUGGAUAUAAAAAGAUAAAGUCGCUGCAUGGCAACAGUAAAAUGCUUUGUCUACGUACAGAUCAGAUAUUAAAUAUGAUAUGUCUGAAUACAUUUCUUACAUUGAAAAUAUACGAUGGGCCAGUGUUUGAUUUCAGUGUAAUACAUCAUGAUGAUGCUGAUCAUUGUGAAAUUUUAUUUUUAACCCAUUCUAAGGACAAUUACGCUACGUAUAUUUUACGUGUUAUUUCUUAUCCAGAUUUUGAACAGAAAUUAGAAAUCAACGUAUCUACCAAUACUUAUUUAUUGGAUGUUUUACACGCUUCUGACAAUCUAUUUUAUAUAGAGGGUAUUAUAUCUACUGAGACUGGUAUUAUCGACACGUUUAGAAUAAAAACGAUAUUGGAAAGUAUUCCCGAAAUACGUUUAGCGAGAUUAUUAAAGAAGAGACACUUUGAUGCAGCUCAAGCUUUUGCAGAAAAAUUAAAUCUUUCAGUGGAACCCAUUUAUUGUUCUAAAGCAGCAUUGCUCGUGGAACAGCUCAGUCCCUGGGCAAAAGCUGCUUCUAAUUCAGUUAACGUAGAUACACUGAUAAAUAUUCUAGAUAAAAUACAAGAUGUGCAAUAUGUGAUUGAAUGUUGUAGUAAAGCUCUCAUUUCUGAUUAUAUACAAAUGAAACGGAUAUAUUCAUAUGCUCGGCAAAGAAUAACGCAAAAUAUUAAGAUAAAAGAUAUAAAUGAUUCGUUGAAUACCAGUUUAUCGGUAAUAAACGACGCUUUAUAUAGACUUGAGACUUUCCAAAUGAUCCAAGAUACCGAGGUAGAUACAUUAUUGAAUGACGACGCAACUAUGAAAGAAUGGAUACGAUUUUCACAAGCAAAUUUAUUAGAAGAAUGUACUACUCGUUUGAACAUGGGUCAACUAAAAUCUGCUACGUUAAUUUGGACGAGACAUCUUCCUGAUCUUGUACAACAUAUAUCUAUGCAGACUGUACGAAACAUUUUUACAAUUUUACCUGAAGAUGUGGAUCCAUCAUAUUUAUGGCCGUGGCUUAUUCAUUUUAUACCAACAUUAUUAUCCUUAUUACCUGAUACAAUAAAUGAGAUUAUGUCUUGGAGUUUAAAAAAAUUAAAAUAUCUUGAGAUAUCUCAUCGUACAGUAUGGCCAGAAAUUGGCACAGAGUUUGCUAAAAAGUUUAUAAAAUUGCUUAAAUUUGAAGAUAAUCAAUCGGUGUAUUUUCAUCAAGAGUACAGAUAUCAGAAUUCUCUACUGAAACAGUUUAUGGUUCUGUUUCAAGCUUUAUCCGACAUUCAACAACUGAAGAUUGUUUACAGAUUGAGGGUACCUCUUGAUAUAUACAUUGACUCACCUGUAGAAGCAAUUUACAUGUUGUUGGAUAAAAUACAUAUUGACCAAAUAUCGAAUUUUGCGAACACAUUCCUAAAACAAUACAUAUUUAACAAUAAUUUACAAAACGAUACUGUUCUCUGUACAUAUAUCCAGAAAAUUAUAAAAAAUUCGUACAGUUGGUGGUUUAACGAAGAAGCCGCAUGGGAGAAAAGAGUUACUAUUUUAAUAGGCCUUAUACACAAUAUGGAGAAACGACUGGAGCAAACUUUGAUAGUUUUAAGAAAAGCACCGGUGCCCUGGAGUUCAACUAUAGCUACUCUAGCAGAAACAGGCAUUAAUUACGACCACAGUUUAUCUUUUAAAAUUAAAAUUGAGUGCGAUUACGUUCCAAUAAAGCUCAUUUUAAUGAAAUAUGGAUAUGCAACAAUUGGUGUGAAUAAUAAAUUAAUAUCGCGUAUAAUAAAAGAAAAUUGCGAUUCUAUGAUUAACGAUAUAGAUGUGCUAACUAGAAACGAUCAGCAAUUAAGACAAGAUGCAUUUUGUCGAUGUUUAAACGUACGAUUAAAUGAAAAGAAUUUCGAAAAAGCAAUGGAUAUAAUACAUCAUUUAGAAAAUGAUGUUGCUAGCGCUUUAUAUUGUUAUGAAGGAAUUAUUAAUUAUAUUGUCGCAGCUUUCUCUUUUCAGAAUGCAACGUCUUUGGUCUAUCAUAUGGAAAUAUUGGGUUGCUUAGAGUUUAAAAUAUAUAACUUAUUAACACAGUCAAGUGUUUGUCCCUAUCGUUGCAACAAUAUUAUCAAAAUGAUAAAAGAUUUAAGGUCAUUGUAUGCACUGAAGAAAUAUUAUAAGAUUAAUAUUUCUUUGAAAGAUUAUCACACGCAAAAGUUACUUGUGUUGCAAAACUAUAUCUCAAAAUUUUCAAAUAUGAAGGAGAACGAUUGGACAAUUACGCACAAGACAGUUAUUAAAGUUGCUAAACUGCUAGGAUUAGAAAAGUCAUAUGCAACUUUAUCUAUGUUAGAGCAGAUGAAAAACUUAAACGAAUUAGAACAACUUAUUGAUGAUGAUAAAGAUUUAAAUAUGGUGUCCGAAAAAUUUAAAAAUAUACAUAAGAUGUGCCUAUCAAUACUACAACAUGCUGCUGUAGACACAAACGUUGUAAAAGUUGUCAAAAACUUAAGUAUUUCGAUGUUAAAUACUUGUCAAGACAGUGAUUUACAAUCUGCAUUAAUGCUUUACACUUGUAUCAGUGCAUGCCCAAGUUUUUCUACCCAAGAUUGUUUUGAUGUAAAACAGAGACUUGUAACGCAAUCUAAUUGGAAAUUGUAUACAAUUUAUAAAGAUCAAGCAAUAUCUUUGGAUGAAAAAUUGUUGUCUCUGUUUAAAGGCGCAAUGUCUCUGCACUUAUAUCAUUCAAAUCAAAUCGACAGUAAUGAAAUCAUAAAGUACGAUGUAUGUAUUGACCAAAUGGAUCAAUGGCUAACUGGUUUCCUGGAAAAUAUGAGAAAGAUGCAACCUCAACACAACGAUUAUUCUUUACUGCAAAUUUUCAAAACGUUUUAUUUCAUGUAUCUUAGCACGUCUGUAAGAAACGAAAAGAUAUUAACGGAAAUGAAAUUUAUAUUAUCACAGCUUUUGAUGAAUUUAUUGAGAAAGUUAUGCACCGGACGAUCAUUCGAUCUGCAAUUAGGGCUAUCGGUUCUCUUUAUGUUAUCAGAACAAGAGGCGUGCAGUUGGCUUUCCACAGUUUCUACAUCAUUUCAGGCCGACCAUAUUCGGCAUUGUACAAUCUCAACUUUGGGAUAUGAAUAUUCGCGCUUGGGGCAAAAUCGAUCAUUGAUACAAACGUUUGAGAGUUACAAGCUAUUGCAUAUUUGGGCACAACGACUGUCACGUUAUUCAAUAACUUUUAAAGAAGUUUUAACAAAUAGUGCUUCGAGCAAAAGAAAAAUUUUACAGCAGAUCAUAAACAGUAAUAAAGAGAACGUGAUUCCUUUAUUAAAAGAUUAUUGUUGUAGCUUUGGAUUUAAUUUCAAUGAUUGCCUUUUGAAUUAUUUACAAAUAUUACUAAAAACGUGGAAUCCAACGAUAACCGUUUCGAAAACAAGCGCAAAUAAAGAGUUACUUAUCUGUAAAGAUGAAAUCGAUGAAUUAAGAAAGAAAUGUAAUGCAGUUGUUGCACAAAUGGAAGAUAAAUCCAUGUUGAAGCGAUGUAUCUUUACGUUAUGGGAACACAUCACAUUUUACCACUAUGAAGUGUUCAUUAUCCUAAUGGAUCUCAUAGGAGACAAAAAUAUGGAAAAGAGAAAUUAUCUUUGCUUCUUGCAAAAUUACACUCGGAGCGGGCUUCCUACACCAAUGGAACACGAUGAGUGGAUACAGCUUAAUCCUGGACAUAGUACGUUGCCGCCGAUAGCCCAAUGGAGACUUCCAUUCUUGCUUAAAGUCGAUAUUUGGAAAAUCAUUACACCUGAGUUGAAUUUAAGAACAUACGGCAAGUGGCUUGACAUCGCACCCGUACUUAAUUUGGAGGCACAUCUCAUAUGUACAUUAGCUAUUAAAGGUGAAGUGACACAAGUAUGGGGAAAUAAUUCUACCGCAUCGAAAGAUACUGCAUGGUCGCUUUAUCCGAAAAAUACCACGUUGCUCAAAGAUAUCAAGAAAUGUAUACAACGGAUGACAGAUUCAGAUGGAUUCUAUUAUGGUACUGCAGCAUUGUACUAUGUCGUAAAUCAUACACCUCCGGGUGCUGAUCGCGUUGCUGCCGCGAAAGAAUGUUACGAGUAUGCUCAGCUGGCGGCACAGAAUUCCACUAAAUUCGAAGAAGGAAUGUUAGAAAAAAUUAAAUCCAAAUAUUUGAGAUUUACGUCCGAGCAUAUUCUACGUACGUACGGAUUGGAGAAAGAUGAGUAUCUUGCUCUAAUCGAAAAUCCGUGCAAGCUGGUGUAUGAAUUGUAUAACGAAGAAAGCAUACCAUUACGAUAUCGAACUGCAACCAACUACAGACCCGAUAUUAACGCUGCUGUUAACGAGCUGGGUAAACUGUUCUCGUUGAAUACGAUAAAAUUGCGUAUGGAUUUAUUGGAAGAAUGGCUACAAUCUAAUGCCAGGUAUACCGAAUUGUCUCAAAGCUUUACAGAGACGUUUCUAGCGACGAAAGAGUCUGAUCAGAAUACCAACUAUGAAGAUAAUUUACUUAGGAUAUGUUAUAUGCUGGAAUAUGGAGAUAUGGAUUUGUUUGCACAAUUUCUUAUAAACAUAGGUUUCGGCAAUCGUCAUGGCGAGACUGAAUAUAGUUGUAACGUACGAUAUCGAGUAUUUCGAAUAUUGCAGACUGUCGUUGAUACUACAACGUUAGAGGAAUUGACCAAGCAAGAUAUAUGUACCUUUAGAAAGUAUAUGAAAUCGUUACAGUACGCCGGCAAAUUGGAAUCUUUAGGAUUAUGUUACAGCGUUGAUACGUUUGACACAUGUUGUAAACGAGAGCUUGUGCAGAUAUUAUGGAAAAGUCAGCGUCACUUGCCCUAUGCUCUUUCUGUUAUAGCGCAGAUUUGUAUUGAGUUUGAAAUCAACGAUGUUCUACUUUGGGACGAUACUUUGAGUCAGAUGACGAAAUUGCGAAUGGUGAGCGACUUAAAGAAAGUUUUAUUGCAAUUACGAAAUAAAAGUGUCAUUGUGAAUUGUAACGGUUACAAAACGGGAUGGCAAUUGAUUAUCUCUGAACCGUUCGGCGAGAUGGACAUAAAUCCGAAUCUGGAGAAAAUUGAUAAUUGCAUAGAGGCGAUUUGUCUGCUAUAUUCGUGUCCUGUGGCACAUGAAUUAGACUUCACCGCUAUCGUGAAAAAUUGUUUCCAAAGUAAACAGGCACACUUGGCUGCUGCACUUCUACCAUUUUUAAAUGAAUCUGAAAAAAAGUUUGUUUUAGAGGCUAUUAAUAAAAAAUCUCAAAUCAAAGAACUCGUAGAGGAUUUGAAUCGUUUAUCUUCUAAAGGAGUACUCACGGUUCCGCAUAGUCUCGCCAUGGUACAAAAAUCUAUACUGUAAAGGUCAAAUCGAGGAAAAAUCUUUUCUCUGUAUCAGAUCAGCUCGAAGAUAAAUUUUAUUAUAUUUGAUUGAGUUUUACUAUUAUUUGAUUGAAUUGUGACAUUA